GCAAGGGGGCAGUAGUGAAGAUAAAUGCUUAACUGCUAGUAGUGGUUUUCUCCAUCAUUUUGGCCAUUAAAUCGCUGUCUGAAAUCACAUAUUUGAGGACCUGAACCAAUUCUGGGCACAUCAUUCUGGUAAGCAUCUGAGGUUCAUUUAACCGCAAAAGAACCUCAGUACCUUCUCUUUCAGCCUGCAAAAACCCACAUCCAUUUUGAAUUGGAGUGGUUAUGAAUAGGCCCUUUCUCAGUAUAUCAGACUACCAGCACCUAGCCCAUGUUCUAAUCUGGCUGUCCAACUUCCUGCCAUCUCUUUUUGAGAACACUGAAUAGUAAUUCCUUACCCACAGUACUUUUUCAUAGGAAAUUACUAAAAAAAGCAAUCUUUGACUUCUUUAAGAGGUCAAAGGGGAGGGCCUAGGUAUGGUGGAAAUAGUACUCAUCUAAGAGUUUAGAAGACCCAAAUUCUUAUUCCCCUCACUGCCAGCAGGGCAAGUCAGGUAAAUUCUCUGGGCCUCAGUUUCCCCAUCUAUAACAUGAAGGAGAUAGGUUAGAUUAUUUCUAAAAUCUUCCUAGUGCUAGCUUUCUAUAAUUAUAUGAAAGAACUGUGAUAUAUGAUGAUGAACCAUGGUUGCUAUUAUAGGGUAAUAAGAAAUUUGACUAGCAGUCUUUGUCAGCUUCCACCAUGACGUACCGUGGCCAGGGUCGAAAAGUGCAGAGGGUGAUGGUGCAGCCCAUCAUCCUCAUCUCCAGAUGCUUGCAAAAUAGAUCUCGGAUUCAGGUGUGGCUUCAUAAGCAAGCGAACAUGCGGAUAGAGGGCUGUAUCAUUGGUUUUGAUGAGUACAUGAACCUUGUAUUAGAUGAUGCCAAAGAGAUUCAUUCUAAAACAAAGUCAAGAAAACAACUGGGUCAGAUCACGUUAAAAGGAGAUAAUAUUACCCUGCUCCAAAGUGUCUCCAAACUACAAAUGAUCAAUGAAGUGAGAAAUUCUAGAGAAGUCCACGUAGUUUGUUUUUUUAGAUGUCCUUUGUUGGAAGGGUAGUUCUAAAACAUUUGGUUAUAUUAUUUUGAUUACCUUUAAGUUAUUACCAGAGGACAAUAAAUGCUGUUGGAUUGUUUUUAUUAAAAAAAAAAAAAAAAGAGUGCUCGCUUCGGCAGCACAUGUAUUACAAUUGGAACGAUACAGAGAAGAUUAGCAUGGCCCCUGCGCAAGGAUAGCAUGCAAAUUUGUGAAGCAUUCCAUAUUUUUGUUUUGUUUUGUUUUUUAAAGAUUUCAUUUAUUUAUUUGACAGAGAGAGACACAGCGAGAGAGGGAACACAAGCAGAGGGAGUGGGAGAGGGAGAAGCAGGCUUCCCGCUGAGCAGGGAGCCCGAUGAGGGGCUUAAUCCCAGGACCCUGGGAUCAUGACCUGAGCCGAAGGCAGAUGCUUAACAACUGAGCCACCCAGGCGCCCCACAUUCCAUAUUUUUGAAUCGUUGAACACUACAUCAAAAACUAAUGAUGUACUAUAUGCUGGCUAACUGAACAUAAUAAAAAAAAAAAAGAAAAGAAAAGUUUGACUAGUGUGAAUACUGUCAUCAAAGAUGGAUUUUUUUAUGUCACCCAUAGGAAGGUAGCCUUCUGAAAUGUCAACUUAGAGUCUGAAUAGGAAUUUAGAGGAGAUAAUAGACAUUUUGUUGUUUUUAUGGUUUGUAUAACCCUUAGACAAAGUUAUAACCCCUGCUAUGUGCUUCCAUAGCCCCUUGAACUUCCCUUAUCAUACCACUUAUCACAACAUAUCAUGAUUGAUUAUCUCACCUAGUGGAUUAUGCUUCAUGGAGGCAGAGAUAGUAUCUGUCUUCUUUCUCACUCAGUUUUAAAUCCUUACUACCAACUCAGCACCCAGCAAAGAGGAGGCACUUAAUAAAUCCGUGGCAUGAAUGAGGGCCAUUGUUGUUCAGUUCCUGCUCAAACAGAGAAGUCCUAAGGAGACUUCAUUUCAAAUAUGGUGACUAAGUUUUUUCCCCCUCGGAACCCCAGCCAUUUCAGAAAAAUAAAUAUAUGCCCAGGAUGACUAAUGUUUAUACUUUCUCUUCUAGAGAAUAAGGUCUCUCCUCCUUUCUCUCAUCUCAUUUUAUUGUUGAAUGAAGAUUUGAUAAUUUUAUGGUGAUGUCCAGAACUGAGCCAUCAUAGUAAUUUGAUUUGUUUUCCCCCCAAAGAAUAGAAUUAUCUAUCUUGGCUUCUUUUAGCUUAUAUCUUUUAUAUCCAUUUUGGCAGGUGAAAUUUCUCCUGGUGGUUUUUUUCAUGGAUGACUUUUCAGGAAUAGCACUAUACUGUAGAAUGAGCAGCAGACUAGUGAGUAGAGACAGACUAGUGAGUAGAGACAGGCUAGUGAACAGAGAAAUUGAAGAAGAUGACUUAGGGUUAAUGCACGAAGCACCAUAUUCUGACAGACCUGUCAGCUAAAGGAAAUUGAGAGUUAUUGAUACUAAGGGUGGUUAAUUAGCAAACAUAUCCUAGUCUACGUUUAAAAACUGUAACAUUACUUUCUUCCUUUCCUCUAAUCCUAAUCAUAAAUGACAGAGGGCACAGAGGCCUUUGAGGCUGCCAGUGAUGAUGAAUUAUAAAGGAAUGCUCUGGUGCCUGGGAUUUAAGGUUGAGUGAUUUACACUUCUGAAAAUCAGAAGUCCAAUAUGAUACCCACAUUGGAUACAAUGCAAAAAACAUGAAUUAACUUUUAAAUUUUUCUUGCUUUGUUCAGGUAAGCUUUCCUUCCCCUUGCCACCCCUCUCCUUAUUUCCACUGGGGCAAAAAAAAGAGUAUAAAUUCCUUCUUCAGAUCUUGGACUCUGUUCAGGGAGAGCUCAUUGAUUCAUUGCAUUACUGGGGGGGGGGG